ACUGCUUCACUUCUCACGAAGCGCUGAAUAUUGAGCGGUCUCAUGAACACAACAAACUCAACGGUUGGCGAUCGCAGACGUGAGAUGGUUCUCUGGGUAUGGAUYAUACGCGCCGUCAUUGCUGUCUUAACAGUGCUUGGUAAUGGCCUGGUCAUGAUUCUGAUGUUAAGAAGCCGUCGACUUCGCGUCAUACAAAAUACAUUUAUAUUCUCCCUCGCCUUGGCGGAUUUUCUAGUGGGCGCGGUCAUCACWCCGACYGACUUAGUGUGCAGCUACUGGUACCCUACUUCAUGCGAAUGGCCUACGCUACGAACUACGUACGAUAUUCUACUACAUCUCUCGGUUACAAAUCUCUGCGCAUUGACAUUCGAUAGAUAUAUGGCUGUAGUUGAACCGCUUCAGUAUCACUCAGUACUAAGCAGACGCCAUAUCGUGAUYAUUCUUGUGGUUUCUUUAUUUGCUGCAGCGGUGCUUCCAAUCAUUGGCCACAUUUGCCUUGCGAAUUCGUAUAAUCUUAGCGCGAAAAUCUUCCGCGUUGUUGAUAUGACAUUUCUUCAAAUCGUCCCGCCGAUUCUUCUCGCUAUAGCUUACGUAAGGAUGGUGUACAUCGCGCGACAACAUGAGAAAACCGUCAAAUUGCAGCAAAACCAGCUAAGCUUUAACUACGGGAACAGUUCCUUUGUUAAGAAACGACGAAGUAGACAGGGAGAAAGUCGAGAAAGAGCGUCCGUAAAGAUGAUAGGCGCUGUUAUUAUUGCUUUUUUAUUGUGUUACGUCUUGGCUAUAGUUAGGUCAUUAGUUUUCUACAUCUUACACAUCGACGUCCCCAAAACUGUCACACACGUCUCGAGAAUUCUUCUCUUAACGAAUUCUGCUGUGAAUUUCUUGGUCUACGCAUUUCUGAAGAAGGAUUUCCGACACGAGUUAAAGCGGAUCGUUUGUAAGCAGACACGUAUUCCAAAGGAGUCGUCUACAUUUCAUGAUUUGUUGACAUAAGAUGACUUUUUGGAUCGAGAAAGUUGCUCUGCAGUCUGGAGAACUUUACAACAGCUCUGGUUUCUUCUUUGCCAAAACCUUUAAGAACUCUUAUAUUGUUAUAACUCAGUUGAUUGUUCUUUUUUAUGCAUUACAACGCAAUUCUGAUGUCAAAAACUGGUUUCUUUUAUUACAAUACUCACCAUYUUCACUCUCAAUUCGUUGUAUUUAYUCUAUAUAAGAUAAUGAUAAGGCCGUAAGUACCUAAUAUAUCAAACGUCAGUUUUACUAUCUUGGAAUCACUUUUUUGAGUCAAUAAAGGUGCUGUCAGUCUGAUGUAGCUAUACAUGUUGUUUCCACAUAGACAUGAACACUGGAUAUCAGCUUKAUCUCAGCAACGCAAAUAGCCAUUAYUUUGACAUCAGUUUUGCUGCCGAGAUUACUAGCUAUCRAAAAAGGUGCUACAUAGUCUGCGAGGUCUACAGUUUUGUMCACAUCCUAUAKUACUCCAUAUCRUGUGUGAWUGCMUGACAUGUAUUCUCGAUUAUAUUGGAUCAUUUAUGAUUAACAAGCAUAUGAGGUGUAUUGGCAGCGAUGUGAUAGAUUUUUAAGCCUCUUCGGCACCAAGCGAUAGAGACAUAUUCAUAAUCUAAAAUACUGCCAAUAUUCUCAAUGAACACAUUUUAAAUCAAACAUCAAUUCAAAUAAAUUUCGAWCUUCAGAAGCAUACAAUGGAUCACUUCGACCAUGAGUGGUCAUUUUGUCAGAAAGSAAGKAAAGAUGUAUUACGUGGAGUUUUGAGUUGCAUUACAUUUAAUUCACAAMAAACAAAUUUGAAAAAUGAUUUAAUACAAUUGAACUUGAAAUCAUAAACAGCUACACGAAACUCUUUUUAUAAAGUAACUUUUGUUACUUUCACACGGACGGCCCAUACUACUCCAUUAWAAUAAAAAAAAUACCGCAUUCUAUAUAGAGYUUUGGUGCUUGUUUCACUUUAUUUCCUUAUUCUUCAUGCRAAUUGAGUGAAAAUCAACGAUAUUUAUUGCACGAAAAAGAAAGGCCUUUUGUGUAUGUACCUCUUGCCAAUAUGGCCGCGCGCCGUAGCGUCGAAGUAGUCCAUUAUCUCACUCUCAGCUUGUAAAUAUGCUAUAACCACAUUAAAGAUUCUGAUCUUUCGAGUGUAAGGACCCACUUUACUUUAAGCACUUAACAUAAGAUAUAAAGUAAAAAUUUAAGCGAGAUGUUCGGGAAACUAUUCAMCCUCAAAUAAAGAAAUGAAAUAAAAGUUGAAA